UUUCGUUGUGACGUUAAACAUCUUUGAGUAUCACUUGGUUGUGUUGACGGGGAUGUGUUUACAUUUUUAAUAAUAUAAUUUUACGACAGUGAUGUGCAGUAGUUGAACUGACUUAAUGUUUGUUGUUAACCGUCAGAUGUCCGGCAUGGACAGCCACCACCACGGCCCGAUGCAGGCGGUGCAGCAGCCACAGGGUGGGGCGGGCAGCCUGGCGACACAGGCGCAGCUCCAGCAGCAGCAACAGGCGCAGCAGCAGCAGGCGCAGCUGCCGUGGGAAGCGCGCCGCCGUGCCCUGCAUGCCGCCGUCUGCUGCCUGCUGGCGGAACUCGGCACUGAGGCCGCCGACCGUGCCGCCCUCGAGUCCCUUGUCGAGGCUGUUCAGUCAUUCGUCUGGGAGGUCGGCAACAGCAGCCGGGCGUAUUGCGAGCUGGCUGGCCGCACACAACCACUGCUGGGCGACGUAGUGGUGGCGCUCGUCAACAUAGGCUUCCCGCUCGAGGGCCUCGAGGCGCAUGCCCGCCGUCCCGGUCGGUCCGUUCUGUCACCGCCCACACAUGCCUCGCAGCAUAAGAGCUUGAGCAUUCUACAAGCAGGUGUGAAGCUGCCACAUCCGGCACACGUCCCCACACACCUGCCGGCGUUCCCCGAUCCACAUGCGUACAUAAGGACCCCGACUCACAAGCAGCCCGUGACAGAAUACGAGGCUAUUCGUGAGAAGGCAGCCACUCAAAAAAGGGAUGUGGAGAGGGCUCUAACCCGUUUUGUUGCCAAGACGAGUGAGACGCACAGUCUCUUUGUCGGUGUGGAGGAUGGACACGUUUUCCCUCUUAUCGCGUGCAAACCUCAUCAUCCACCGUACCUCAAGGCUCUGCUGCCGAGUGACCAGGUGUUUGAAUUCGACGAGGAACUGUCGAGCCCUCCUCAGCGACCGCCACGGCAACGCCGCGAAGCUGACGGGGAGGAGGAAGGUGACGAGGAAACUCGCGAGGGUGACGAUGCGGCGCGUGCUGGCGACGCGGACACAAUCGACAACCCUUACCUGAGACCCGUGAAGCUGCCCCGCCGCAAGAAGCCUGCGGCGUCGACACCGGCGCCUGCGAAAGCGUGACGAGCUGUCAGGAGAGGGAAAGGGAAAGGUGCUGAACCCACCCCGUAGGACAGAACGAUACCAGGGGGCACCCUUUCGCUGUUGGUGUAACAGUGGACAUUUGUCUGUCUGUACUCAGUGAUGAUCUAUUCUUGUGCAGGUGUAAUCCACUUUCAGUAAGGCACUGUAUGAAGAGGUGAACUAAAUGUGCUGUGUUGUAAAUUCUAGACUGUAUUGUGGACAGUGAAAUAAAGGUAAUUCGACUGAUUAUGGAGGACACAGAACAUGGCAGUUUGAAUGCCAUUGUCUUAACAGGACAUAACUUCUUGUCAGAAGUCAAAAGACUUUCCUUAUCUUAGUGUUAAGGACGAUUUGCAUUAUGUUACUUUUUGUAAAUAAAGUAAGUUUUUGAUAUGUGA